AUCGAGAUCUCUUGACUAAUCCAAAACAGUAAACUAGUAUUAUAAAAUAUAGUCGGAGUUUCGCUUGAGAGUCGAGAGACUCCGAAUUAAAGGCCCGAACGCUCUCCAGCCUCUAAACCCUCGCUACACGAAGUUUCCGGUGCCGCCGCUGCCGUCCGCCGCCCGCCACCCGUCGCCGCCGGCAGACGCCUAUCCUGCCGCCGGCGAAGGUGCUACUUGACACUAUGGAGGUGAAGCCAAGCCCAUUGCCCAUGUUACCUGUCAGAGAUUGGUCCGAUCUCCCAACCGAUGCGCUUUCUACCAUUUUCAUGAAGCUUGGGAGCAUUGAGGUCCUGAUGGGUGCAGGCCUUGUGUGCCAUUCAUGGUUGGCAGCUGCGAAGUCACCUGAGCUGUGGCGUUCCGUGGACAUGACUCGUCAUAAGGUGGUUUUCUCAAAGGGCAUAGACACCAUGUGCGCGAUGGCGAAGGUGGCUAUAGACCGCUCUCAAGGAAAGAUGGAGUCAUUCUUGGCUCAGAAGUUUGUUACUAGCGAACUCUUGGAUUACAUUGCUUGCAGGGCUAGUUCUUUGAAGAGCAUUCGGCUCAUCGCUUGCAGAAAUUUUUGGGAGCCAUCAUUGGCUGAACUUGCAACCCAAUGUCCACUGUUAGAGGAGAUCGAGUGCUCAGGAAACAAAAUGUCUUCAGAAUUUCUCGUAUAUGUUGGCAGGGCGCGCCCACAGCUGAAACGUCUAAAAAUCCAUAUGCGGUGGUUUGAUGAGGAUGCAAUGGAGAGUGAGAUGGAGCAUGAAAUGGAGCAUGAGAUGAUGCAUGACGAUGAUGAUGACGAGGAGGAGGAGGAGGAGGAGGAAGAGGAAGAGGAUGAGUUCUUAUACGAGGACGAGAAUGUUGAUGACGAUGAGGAUGAGGGGGAAGAGGACGAGGAGAUCGAAGAGGAUGAGGACGAGAAUAAUGAUGAUGAUGAUGAGGAGGAGGAGAUGGAAGAGGAUGAGGACUUGGAUGAGGACAAGAAUGAUGUUGUAGAGGAAGAGGAGGAUGAGGACAUGGAUGAGGGCGAGGAUGAUGAGAAUGAAACUAAUGAGGAAUGGGAGGUAAGGAAGAACAAGGAUGCCUUUGCGAUAGCGGAAAACAUGCCUGAGCUACGACUUCUUCAGAUUUCAGGUAACAACCUGACCAACAAAGGGGUUCAUGCCAUCCUCGAUGGCUGCCCCCACCUCGAGUGUUUCGACCUCUCCGAGUGCUACAAUGUCAGAGUCGAUGAUCAGCUCCGAGCUCGCUGCGCAAAGAUCAAACAUGCCUGGCUGCCCAGGCAAUCGCCUCGCGUUCACUGCCCUGAUCUCCGUGUCAUCGAGGAGGACGAAGGUGAAGACUAUGGCAUCACUAUGCAAGAUCUAUGGGAAGCUGAGGUUGAGACUCUGGAGGCCGAGGCCAAGAUGGAGGAGGGUAGCUAUGGCGACUAUUAUGAAGACUACUCUGCCCUCUCAUCCCCUGAGUCUUGCGUCGACUCAAAGGAUGUAUAUUGUGAUGACCCCAAUGUUUACACUAUGUACCAUGACUACUAUUCUUUGUGAUCUUUUUAUAACCUUGUUUAACCGAUACAGGAUGUGCCACCGUUUAGUAUUUUGAGGUUAAUUGGAAUUGUUA